CAUCGCGCAUCCGUCUCUUGCACUGCCCAGCUGCCCUCUCGCUGUCCUCCCUCUCGCGCCCGUCCUGCCCGUCUGCAUCCCCAGACGCUCUGGGUGACGCCUGUGCCCCCCGCGCCUAGUGCCCUCAGCCAGCUCGUCACUUGCGGCCCACCCAAGCCCAGCCGACGGGAUCAAUCAGGACGUCUGGGAUGGAAGAGCCAACAAAACACCAACACCCCAGGGAGCCGCCGCGCCGUCUGCUGCGCAAGAACCCUCCGCCCACCGCCUACAACAACAACCAGAAGCUCCGCCGCGCCCCCUCGGCCCCCUCAUACCCUACAUUCACCUCCACCUCGCAGCCCGCAGGCCACCAGCGAAGCCCGACGCUUGGCAGUCCCGUGUCCGCUCAGCAGGCCUCGUCGUCCAACACCUCGCUGCACGACUCCUCCUCGGCGCAUGCUGCGUCCUACAGCCCCGUCCACGGCCAGCACCCCUCGCAGAGAGCCUCAGUGACCGACAAGAUCCCCACGCCCGAGCUGAUUGGCGCCCCGUUCGACUCGACCGCCCUCUACCACAACUUCGACUCGGUGCAGCAGAGCAAUAGCAACCCGCCACGUCCCCCGCCCCAGCACGCCCAUACCGCCGACCCGCGCUUCAUCUCGCCCAAGCUCCGCCAGUCUGCCAGCUUCCAAGCCCUCGGCCGCGUGAUGGAGACCAUCACCCCGCCCCGCUCUGAUGGCGGCACCAAGAGCCCGCGACAGCGCUACUCCGACGAGGGCGACACGGCGAAGAACCGCAAAUCCGACGGCGGCAAGAAGAAGGGCGGCUUCUCGAGCUUCAUGAACAGCAUGUUGGGCUCGCCGCGCCGACCAACGAUAUCGACGCCGACCAAUCCCAUGCACGUCACCCACGUCAGCAUCGACAAUGAGACGGGCGAGUACACGGGUCUCCCCAUGGAAUGGCAGCGGAUGCUGAAGCAAAAUGGCAUCACCGAGCAGGAGCAAAAGCAAAAUCCCCAAGCUAUUAUGGACGUCGUCAACUUCUACAAGGAGAAUACCGAGGGCAAGGACAAUGACGCGAUCUUCGAGAAGAUGGGACACGCACCUCCACAGGGAUAUGCCUAUCAGGCCAGUCUGAGUCCGAACUUUGGGGCACUGCAGCCCAUGCUCAGUCCUCCGGUGAGCCCUCGUUUUCCUCGCAAUGACCAGGACAGCUUCGAAAAUCCGCGAGCCCCACCUCCGAUUCCCCGGAGUCAGACGUCCCCAGCUUCUCCACAACUCAAUGGCAAUCUGGUGCCCAAUAGGCCGGCUCCGAAGCCGCCAGGAAGUAUUCCUGCUUCGAACAUGAUCCCCUCGAGACCUGCUCCUCCUGCACCGAGCCCGCAACCCGGCCAGGCCCGUCCAGAGGAGCUCCCAGCUGUCACAUAUGCUCCUCCAACAGUCACAGAAAAUUACUAUGGCCAACAGCAGCAGCAGCCGCCCCGCAGCAGGGCAAACACCACCGGGGAGCCGCCGCGGUUCGAUUCUCCGCCAAUUGGUACAACGCACAUGUACCAGCAGCAGCAAGCACAGGCUAUGCUUGCAGCCCAGCAGUCCAUUGAAACUAAGCAGGCGCAGCUUGCCAGGAGCCAGAGUCACCGGCAGCCGCAACCACAUCUCGCUCCUGCACAACCACCCCAGCUACAGCCAUCACCACAACAGCAAUUUGCUCAGCAAUCGGAACCUACAAAUAUUCCCCUACCUUCGCAACAAGCCCGGGUUGGCCCUGCACCUCGACCUCGCCAACGGCCACGGCAGAGUCAAGGACCCGACAUCGUUGCAAAGCUCAAUGCCAUAUGUACGAAUGCCGAUCCAAGGGUGCGAUACAAGAACUUGGUCAAGAUUGGACAGGGUGCAUCUGGAGGUGUUUUCACAGCCUAUGAGGUUGGCACGAAUAAGUGCGUGGCAAUCAAGCAGAUGAAUCUAGAGCAGCAGCCGAAGAAGGACCUGAUCAUCAACGAGAUUAUCGUUAUGAAGGAGAGCAAGCACAAGAACAUUGUAAACUUCAUGGACAGCUUUUUGGUUACCGGAGACCUCUGGGUAGUCAUGGAAUACAUGGAGGGUGGUAGUUUGACGGAUGUGGUAACUUUCAACAUCAUGUCUGAAGGCCAGAUUGCUGCUGUAUGCAGAGAGACAUUACAUGGACUCCAGCAUCUCCAUUCAAAAGGCGUCAUACACCGAGAUAUCAAGUCUGACAACAUUCUGCUAUCUCUAGAGGGAAACAUCAAGCUUACCGAUUUCGGCUUCUGCGCCCAGAUCAACGAGAGCCACACCAAGCGCACGACUAUGGUAGGCACGCCAUACUGGAUGGCUCCCGAAGUUGUCACUCGGAAGGAGUACGGCCGAAAGGUCGAUAUCUGGUCUUUGGGUAUUAUGGCCAUCGAAAUGAUUGAGGGCGAGCCUCCCUAUCUCAACGAGAGCCCACUGAGAGCUCUAUGGUUAAUUGCAACCAACGGAACGCCGACUAUCAAGGAUGAGCACACGUUGUCGCCCAUGUUCAGGGACUUCCUUGCUUUCGCCCUAAAAGUGGACCCAGAGAAGCGUGCGAGUGCACAUGAUUUGCUCAAGCAUCCGUUCAUCCAAACAGCGGAGCCUCUAAAUACUCUAGCGCCGCUAGUACGAUCUGCACGACAGGCAAGAGCCGAGGAACGACGAAAGAAGGGCGGCUUGUGAGGCUGUCCGCCGCCCACCACUGUAUCUGCCCCUUACCAUCUGUCCCAACACCUUGUAUACGAACUCAACUACCUUUCAGCAGCCUCUGCAUCAUCUGUCUGGCCUUUUGUAUGCAUGCCCGUCACCUUUCGCAUUUUUCGUCACCC